GUUCAGGCCCGAGGAAGCCUAAACGGGUUGCUCAACGUAUUUCAAAACGAAGUUUUGCUAAGAAUUUGUUUGGGCGACGAUCGGGAGUCAUGCGAUAUUCCCAUUAAGGCCCAUCGUCCCGUUACCUAUGGCAGCGGUAACGGGCAUAACAAAAAUUGACAAAAGCAGUGCAUCAUUCUCGGGAUGAAAGAGUGAUGGAUUUGUUUCUGGCAGGACACACCAGCCGGGGGAGUACGAAAACCCCUUUCGACGGUGUACUCCCGGUGUACGAACCGUUGAACCUAUCGAACAGAAAGUCAGACAAAUUUCAAGACGACAGGUUCAAAUUGAGACGAACCAGCUCCAUCGUGGAUAUUUUGAACAGCGAAAGCCAAGCGAAAAAACUACACUCUGCCCUACACAGCGUAGAUGGAGAAGUGGGCACAAUUAUUUCAAUAUUGUCGAGAAUGUCCCAGUACCAGAGGACAAGGAUUCUUCACUACUACAAAUCUCUAUUCGGAAGGAAACUUUCAACCGAUAUGAAAAAUGUACUCGGGGGCGAUUUUUGUGAUGCUUGCCUCAUGUUAAUAUCCGAUCCAAAAGUGAUUGCUUGCAAACAAAUCUACGAUUUACUCAUUGAGUUUCCAUUUCCAAGGGAAGAAAGAUUGAUUUCAAUACUCUGUGAAAGAUCAAACGAGGAGAUACAAAUUAUUCAACAUACCUAUGAGAAGAAGUUUGGUGAAUCCCUGGAGAAAAGUUUUUUACACUAUCUCGACUCAGAGAAAGCCAAAUUCAUCAAAAUACUCGUCAAUCCUCUCCGACAGGAAGACUGGUCGCUCAAUUCUCUCCAGGUGCACGUCGAUGCCCAAAAUCUGCUCAAUUUAGGGAUAGGCGUUUCCUACGGCGACAGCCCUAAUCCGAUAAUAUAUUCGCUGCUGAGGAAAAGGGGUUUCAACCACCUAAGAAAUGUUUUUGCCGAGUACGAAAGGUUGACUGGGAAAAAAGUUUGGAACAUGCUGGAACCCGCCAUGCCGCAGAACUGCAGGAAGAUAUUAGUUUUGAUAAUGGAGGCUGUGAAUAAUCCAGAACUAUUUACGGCCAAAGUUUUGCUCUCUUCUACUCCAAAUUUUGCCGAGUUCUACAAAACACUUCUUGUAACACGGCUGACAAGGAAUAAAGAAUUUUACAACCUCGUCGAAUACAGGUUUACGGAAUUCUGCAACAGGAGGAUAUCGGACGUGGUCAAAAGCGAAGAUAACAGCGCGCUCAGAACUCUUCUACUUUCACUUAUGUACUUAUGAUAUUCUGAAUAAAUGUUUUUAUGUUUCAAAUAAAA